AGAGGGUCGCAAGAUGGCGGCGCUGAAGGAAGCUCGGAGCUACGGGCUGUCUUGCGGGCGAGUGAGCGACGGCAGCAAGGUGUCUGUCUUCCACGUGAAGCUCACCGACAGUGCUCUAAGGGCCUUCGAGAGCUACCGCGGCGGCCAGGAAUCUGUUGCUUUGAGACCAUCAAUCCGAUUUCAAGGAAGCCAAGGGCACAUCACAAUUCCCCGGCCUGGUUAUCCAACAGAAGUACGAACUUUCACAUUUUAUCUUUCAAAUAUUGGCAGGGAUAGCCCCCAAGGGAGCUUUGAUUGCAUCCAGCAGUAUGUGUCCAGCAAUGGAAAUGUCCACCUGGAAUGCUUGGGCAGUAUACAGGACAAGAUUACUGUGUGUGCCACGGAUGAUUCUUACCAAAAAGCCCGGCAGAGCAUGGCCCAAGCUGAGGAGGAGACCCGAAGCCGCAGUGCCAUUGUCAUUAAACCAGGAGUGCGUUAUCUCGGCAAAAAGGUUCAGUUCCGGAAGCCAGCCCCAGCCGCUGCAGACACCGUUCCCUCGAGGAAGCGCUCAACGCCAAUCAACGUCGCCAAUGCCAUCAAGAAGAGCAAUAGUGGGAUUUCUCAGCAGCCCUUCAGAGACAGGAUCAUUCACUUACUGGCACUUAAGCCUUACAAGAAACCUGAGCUGAUCCUGAGGCUGCAAAAGGAUGGCCUUUUGCAGCAGGACAAGGACACACUGGAUGGCCUCUUGCAGCAGGUUGCCAACUUGAGUGCCAAGGACAGCACAUACACAUUAAAAGAUUGCAUGUACAAGGAUGUUCAGAAGGACUGGCGUGGAUACUCAGAAGGAGAUCAGCAAUUACUAAAAAGAAUUCUUGUUAGAAAACUCUGUCAGCCACAGAAUGUGGGUAGUGUUCCUGGAGACACACCUUCCUCGAGUCCACCACCGAAAGACUCUCUGAGCUCCUCCUCGCCCCCUCAGAAACGAUCUCAGCCACUGGAUUUCAUUGACCCACUAGCAAAUAAGAAGCCGAGGAUAUCUCAUUGUACCCAAAGAACUCAGCCCACUUUCAAUGGGAAACUGAACUCUUCUAAUGGGAAGGAGGUCCCUUCUGCUCCCGGCCCAGCUUCGGUGGCCAAUUCGGUCAGUUCUAGCUCCCAUCUCCCAAGCCUGGAGCUCCCCCGGCCUCACGACCCCCUCACUGAUGUCAGCAAUGACUUAUGUCACAAUGGCAGAGACUGUGAGAAUGCCGAGGCCUCUGAGCGCCUCAGUCUCCCUCUGCUGACAGACUGUCCCCAGACCAGCAAACAUAAUUGUGCCUCAUGGCAUAUGAAAACCAAGAAGAAAUCCAAAAAGCACAAAGAAAAGGAGAAGCGAAGUGAGGAGAAACAUAGAGAAGAGAAGCAGAAUUGUGAACUCAUGAAGAACUCCGAUACUAAGAUGAGUGGGGCUCUGCAGGAAGGCACAGGUUUAAAUGGAACGUGCAAUAAUUCCAGCGUUCCAACAUCAACUUCGGAGAUGCCGGACUAUCUAUUAAAAUACGCCGCCAUUUCCUCCUCGGAACAACGUCAAAGUUAUAAGAAUGAUUUUAAUGCUGAAUAUAAUGAGUACCGAGAUUUGCAUGCGCGGAUAGAGAGAAUAACUCGACGGUUUACACAGCUGGAUGCAGAGCUCAAACAGCUUUCCCAAGGUUCAGAAGAAUAUGAGACGACCCGUGGUCAGAUUUUACAAGAAUAUUGGAAAAUCAAAAAGACUAAUACUAACUACAGCCAAGAAAAGUACCGUUGUGAAUAUCUGCACAACAAACUGGCUCACAUCAAGAAACUGAUAGCAGAGUAUGACCAGCGGCAGCUCCAGCCUUGGCAGUGACCUGUGCACUGGGGAGCAUUGGGGCCUGGGGCGGACUUCUGGCUGGCCGUGGUUCCGGAGCAGCCACCAUGCUGAACUGGCUCCUACCGGGCCAGAGGCAAUUCAAGCUUCACCCUCUUGGUGUGUGUGGGGAACAGGGGAAAGUUUAAAGCAAAAGAAAAUGCAUCUAUUUAACAAAAAGUAGAUAAAUAAAAGGAAAACUCACUCAUUAACUUCCAGGGGAAAACAUGCAGGGGAAAUACUUGGUUUCCAUAGAUUUGAGUGAGCACCAGGUUGUCAGCCCCUGGUUGGGCUGCUUAUGGUCCUCUGGUUCUUCUUCUGCUCCCCCCUCCCAGGAAGUGGGGGUGCCACUGGGGGGGCGAACUCUUGGGGCCCAGUCACCAGCCUAAAGAGCAUCUUACUUAUAUGCAAGCUGUCUGGGCACCUUGCACAGGAUCAGCUCCUGAGCCCCCAUGGGGGAGCAGGCAUCUCUCCAGACAUCUCACUGCGUGGCUUCUCAGAGGGCCCAGGCCCAGAGCUCAGCUUCAUGUUUACUAUUGGAAAAUGCUCCUGCCGGCCCUGAGCCCUGGGAGACCAGUCCCUGAAAUGCCUCUCCUUUGGUGACCGGCACCUGUCUUCAGCCUGCAUUGCGAGCUGUCUCCACUGUUCCAGAGGACUCUGAGAUGUUUGUCCAACUUUUCUAGUUUUAUAUGAAGAUGGCCAAUUUUAUUCCUUGCUAAUGAGACGAUGGUCUAUUUUUGUAUGAGAGAAAAUGCAUCUUUUCUAAAUCCGUGCCUCUCCUCCCUUUUGGGCCAAUGGUCUGGAUCCCUUUCCUUUGUUCUAAUUGCAGUAUUACUAAAUCGAUAGAGGCAUUAUUAUUAUUAUUAUUAUUAUUAUUAUUGUUAUUGUUAUUAUUAUUUUGGUGAUGCCCUGUAAAAAAAAAAAGAAGAAAUGCAAGCAGCUGGAGGUAUAUUUAGAGUUGGGGCCUUUGGUUUUGACCCCUUCCAAAGAAGCAGCAGGCCCUCAGCUCUUGGAACAGAAAGAGAUCUGGCCGAGAUCGAUAGCAUUGUCCAUCUCCCUAGAUCCUUGUUCCAGACUCUGAGCCCUGCCGUACAGGUCUUCAGGGAACCCCUGUGAGCUCAGCCCUGGGGGCAGGGCCCCCACCUUAAGUCUCUGGGCUUACCUCCUUAAUCCCUUCCCUCUCCCUUUCUUUGACUACCCCAAAGUAUUCCUCCUUCCAGUCUUUCACCUGCUUGGUGAGGGUUUCUUUGCACUAGAAAGUUCCUUCUCUAGGGGAGUCUGUUGCCUGGAAAUAGCCCCUCCUUUUCCUUCAUGUCCAGCUCAGUUCCCCCAAUUCCCCUCCCUCCCAGACUGGCAUUGUGCCAGAUGGCCACCUGAGAAGCAGCUCUCUCACCCUUCCCAUGUCCUCGGGUCUGCCUGAUUCCUGGCUAGCCUACAGUGGGACCGCCCUUUGCUGGGGAUGGCUGCUUGGUUAGUUUGUUGACCCCGCCUAUUGGGAUUCAUUAAGAUUCUCUGGCUUCCUCAGAUAGGAAAUCUGCAUUAGCAGGAGCAUACCCUUCAGGUUGUAUGCAGUCAAAACUGUAACACAUUUCUGUGUCUAGCCCUCUGGCUCCCUGAGCAUCUAAAGACAGAACCUUUUCACAGAACCAGACUUCACUGUUGAGAUUUGGCCUGCAUAUGAUUGGAAGGAGGAAGAUGCUUGAGUGUCCAGCAUCCCUGAGCUGACACCUGUCCCUAGAACAGGCUCCUGCCCUUACCUACCAAUAUCCUAGCUAAUAAGCUAGAAAACAGUCUGCCAGAACCAGUGGCAAGCCACAGUGCCCCAUGGAGGCAGAGUUAGUUACCCAUGACGUUGGAGAAGGGGGCCCUUUUCCCCAGAUGGGCUUGCAUGGAAGUCGGCUCCAUGGCAGGUGGCUCUGCUUUGAUGACUUUAGACUAAUUUCUUAGCCCAAAUGAGUAGAAUUCACUGACGUGUGAGGGAACUUCCCACAUAGGCAUGGUGGUGUUGAAGGGCCUUGUUUAGAAAUUUCAUGCCCCCACGUUGUGAGCACACCCUGAUCCAGAGUGGUACGGGUAACUUAAUAUUUUCUUUGGAAAGGUCUGACUGGUAGCACCAGUGGUGUCCAAGUUCAUCCCAUAAAGAAGAACCUUGGCGGGGCUAGGUGGGCAUUGUACUAAAGGAUUACACCUGUAUUGGGGUUUAGGAUAGGGUGUCCAAAGGGCACAACCCGGGCUUUGAGAAAGAUUGUUCAGGUACCCAGCCAGGGUCAGGGUGUGUCCAGCCAUGGGCAUUUGGGAGGUUGCUGCCAAAAUAAGUUGUAAAGACAGGUGGGUGCCCAGACAGUUGCCUGCUGUGGGCCUUGUUUCCAACCACAGCUUCCAAAGAGCUGGUAUCAUUUGGGCUGCAAACAGGCUGACCUGAGUGUGCCUGCACCCUUCUCCCCUUCCCUGCUUCUGGAGACUGCCUGGGUCACUUCAGAACCAGCAUUCGAAUCCUCCCGCCCACUUGAGCAGGCUUUGGGAUUUAGAUUUGCUGUUGGGGGGGGACGGAUAGGAAGAGAUCGUAGUCUUCAUCCAUCUGCUCGGAGGAUAUUUUUGCAGACAGAAUUGUAUACAGAGAGUUGUCAUCUACAUUUACACGUAUAUUCUGGAACUUAGAGAAUUGGAAUAUAAAACAGAGAAAUAUUUAAUGAAUUCAAAACUGUGAGACCCAAUUAGCCUUCAAUGAACUUGCUUCAUUUCUCUUUCAGACUAUCACAAGCCAUGGUAGUCAGACCUGCCUUUUUACCUUUUGUUUUGUUUUCUUUUAAGGGAUUAUGAAGCUAAGGAAAUCUGUGCUAUUUGGGUUAAUAUAAACCAGUUCUAGGUGAUUCCGUAUGAUCUAACUUAUUGAUACUGUGUUUCUACUUUGUAAUAUUGUACUGUGGAGAAAACCGAUUUUGAGCCAUGGAGUUGGAGUUUACAAAAGCUUUCAAGUUUGCCAAAAUGUUACAAUUGAAAGGCUGCCUAGUCUUCAGCUUUCCUGAUGUUUUCUUAAAGAGCUAGUGUCCUUUUUGUACACUGAAAAGGUGAAUGCUGAUUUUGCAACAUACAAUAAAAUUCACUGUAUCUGAAGAGAAAA